AUGGCUCACGAGAAGAUGGAGCUGGACCUGGAGCUGCCGCCCGGCGCAGGCGCGGGCCCGGCCGAGGGCGGCGGGGCCCUGCGCAGGUCCAGCAGCGCGCCUCUGAUCCACAGCCUCAGUGACACCACGCCCGUGUUCCAGGCCGAGGCCCCGAGCGCCCGGCGCAACAGCACCAAGUUCCCGGGCCUCCUCGGCCUGCUGCUGCCUGCCUCGCCGGUGCGCAUGCACAGCAGCCGGCUGCACCAGCUGCGCCAGGAGGAGGGCAUGGACCUCACCAACCGCGAGACGGUGCACGAGCGCGAGGUGCAGACCGCAAUGCAGAUCAGCCACUCCUGGGAGGAGAGCUUCAGCCUGAGCAACAACGACGCCGACAAGGCCGCCUCCCCGAAGUGCCGCUUGGUGGAUUUCGGCGGCCAGCUGUCCUCGCCACCACUGCAUCUUCAGCUCCACGGGCCCGACCGGCGCACCGAACCAGACGCGGUUGGAGACCGGAACCGCGGCCGACACUGCCCCAGCCCCGCCGGCGUGUGCGCAGCGCCAGCCCCGUGCAUGCUGCGGGCAGUCAGCCGCCGAGCGCUGGGCUCAGCUCGGGCACAGCGCAGGGGCGGCCCAGCCGCCCAUUGUUAA